CGCACAUUUCAAGCCACAAACUAACACAGCUUCCAAAGCCCCAUUGCCCCCUGAUCAAGCACAGGGGGGCAGAUCAACUGCCCUGUGCCCUGAAAAGGGGUAGACAAAGAGACCAGCAAAAAGAUAUGAAGACCCAGCAGAUGUUUAGAGCUGGUCAACAAUCUCUACUAUCUUUAGAUCUACUGAUCUUCUCAGUGUUGAAGUAAGCGUGGGGUCAUUGAGGGCACACAGCCAUGUCUAUACCACAGGACAUAUGCUCUUCCGACAAAGACUCAUUGGAGACUCUGGAGAAACAGCUUAUUUGCCCCAUCUGUUUGGAGGUCUUCACCAAACCAGUCGUCAUUCUGCCCUGUCUGCACAAUCUGUGCCGCAAGUGUGCCAAUGAGCUGUACCAGCCAUCUCUAUUCCAGGUUGGCGUUGGAGGACACUUUCGCUGCCCUUCCUGUCGACAGGAGAUUGUCCUGGACCGUCACGGAGUUUAUGGACUUCAACGCAAUUUACUUGUGGAGAACAUCAUUGAUGUUUACAAGCAGGAGUGUGCAAGGGCAGACCAGGAAAGUGUUAGCUCUAGGCCUCCACCAAAACCUCCGGCUCAGCUGACCUGUGAUGAACACGAUGAUGAGAAGCUUAAUAUUUACUGCAUGGAGUGUCUGGUGCCCACCUGUUCUCUCUGCAAGGUGUUUGGUGCUCACAAGAACUGCAGAGUAGUUCCUUUAUCUGAUGUCUAUGAGCAACAGAAGACUGAGCUCUGUGAUGAAGUUGCCUCAUUGGUUUCCUCCAAUGAUAACACGCAAGCUUUUAUUAACGAAUUAGAAGCAAUCUGCAGGAAUAUAGAGGAGAAUAGCAGGAUCCAGAAACAGAUUCUUUGUGAGAAGUUUGAUGGCAUGACUGCCAUUCUGGAGGAGCGAUGCAAAAUCAUGACUCAACAAAUUACAUGUGAGGAGGAGGAAAAGACUGGCUGGACCCAAUCUUUAGUGCAGACCUACAGUGGGCAUGUAGAGACAAACUCAAAAUUGAUGCAGGCAGCUCGUAUCGCUAUUGAAGACUUAGAGAUGGCUGAUUUUGUGAUGACUUCAAAAGAUCUUAUUGAGAAGGUUUCUAAAGCGACUACUUGCUUCACUUUGGAGACUCUUGAACCUGGAUAUGAGAAGAUGGAUCACUACAACGUGGAUUUCAGUACAGAGGAACAAGCGCUCUAUCAACUGGAUUUCAUAAAGGUUGAAGAAGAGGUGGAGGACACAUCUGAUGAGCCAAUGUCAGAACUAGAGCCAGAACCUGUGUAUGAACUUGAACCAAUGCCAACCCCAGAACCUGCGUAUGAAUUUGAACAAAUGCCAACCCCAGAACCUGUGUAUGAACCUGAACCAAUGCCAACCCCAGAACCUGUGAAUGAACCUGAACCAAUGCCAACCCCAGAACCUGUGUAUGAACCUGAACCAAUGUCAAUUCCUGAACCAGACCAGGAUCUAAAAUCAGACUCUGAGUCGAGAAGCUACAUGUCAGAGACUAUCGAGAAUUCAUGGGGGCAAGCAAAUGCCUGUGCAGAUGUGAAAAAGGAGCCUGCGUGCGAGAGAACUGGGUUUAGCAUCCAGCAGGCUGUCACCCUCACCCUUUACUUCCUGGGUUUUCUGUUCAUCCUACAGCGAAUGUGGGAAAGCAUUCAAUGCCUAAUUUGUAUAUAGUGGGGUCAAA